GAGGAGCAUUUUAUUCGUUUAUCUCACUCUGCUACUAUCGAUGAUUGAUUAUGGGAAUGUGAAUGCAGAUAAAAAGAAGAAAUUCGGACGUCGGUGGAUUCUGGAUUUACACCGAGAGUACAACGGUUGACGAGCACGGAUCACCUGUACACAGCAGCGCCUACAAAAAUCUCAGAACCAACGUGCCGAAGGAGCUCAUGGCUUGGCCGGACUAUCGGAAUUUUAGCGGCGACGAGCGCAGUUCCGUGCCUCAUUAUUUAGUCUUGCAGUAUUUGAGAAAUUACACCGCUCAUUUUAAUCUUCGUCGAUACAUACGGUUCAACGUAUUGGUGGAAAGCGUCGCUCCGACGCGCGGCCCACAUCGUCAUUGGAACGAAACCAAGUGGGUGCUUAAGACGAGAGAUUUGAGCACUCGCGAGCACGACCACACUAUCUGCAACGCUAUCAUGGUUUGCAACGGUCACUUGACUAAAGAAUACGUUCCGGUCGUACCGGGAGUCGAAAAGUUCCAAGGCAAGGCAAUACACAGCCGCCUUUAUCGGAAGCCCGAGGAUUUCGCCAACGAGACAGUUGCGAUUUUGGGAGCCUCGGAUUCCGGCCUCGACAUCGCCGUCGACCUUAGCUCGCGGGCCAGGAAGAUCUACCUCAGCUCCAGACACGAGAGACUGGCGAGCAAGCUGCCCUCGAACAUCGAGCAAGUGCCCGGCAUAAUCAAAGUCAGCGGCGACGAAAUGAUAAUGUCAAACGGCUCGUCGAUAACGGCGGACUCGAUACUCUUCUGCACCGGCUAUGCCUACGACUUCCCAUUCCUCGAGGACAGCUGCGGAAUCGGA